GUACAUGUCAUUCGCGUGGUUACGGACAAGGCCGACUUAGAUGAAGGUAAACAGGAGAGAUAUUCCUUCGAAUAGUUCUCUUCACCAAUAUCAGACUGGAAUUGGAGGGAUUUGCUCUAGCAGGAGAAAGUGAACUUCUAGAAGCAGACUUUAAGAACAGCAUUACAGUUUAUGUCAACGGAAUGUAUCAGAUCUAAUCUAGAUCACUUCAAGAAGUAGGUAAACGGAAUUUUGUCAGCGACAUAAUCGUUCAACUUGUGACAUCUGCCAGAAUCUUGAUAGAAUGGACCAGGAAAUCAUGGGGAAGAAAUAAAUGCCGAUGGACUGCGCAGGGACUCUCUCUGGACUAUGUUAUAGGUGAAUCGAGAUUGUAGCCUACGGUAACAUCUCAAGAAUAUCCAGCAGGACAGAAUUUGGAUGUCACAGAAGGAAAACAUGGAAAAUAUGAUGUAAUAAAUAUAAGCUGAGGGACAUAUUUAGUUCAGAUCAAUGAAGUGGACGAAUCUCGCAGGAAGUGCUUUUGCUUUAAACAUAAAAUUAUUACGAAAUUGAGCAGAAUUGAGGAAGAUGAGGAAUAAGAGAAAGGAAAUAUCUUUGUUAGACAUCAGGCAUACUCACCAAGGUUAGAGACGAUCAGGAUGCAGUAAGAAUACCGAUGUGGACAUUUUUUUUGUUGAUGAGUGACUAGAAACAUGGGAUCAAAGGGGUCAAAGAUAGCUUCAUCUCCGAAGCCAAAGGGGGAAGAAGAAGAGGAGGUAAGUUCCAGUGGUGCCAGCAACAUCAACACCAGGAGGCGCAAGAAGGACCGUCAUGGAGAAGCAUCCUCCAGAUCUCCGAAGUCGAACCGCAAGAAACCCAAGCGGAAGAUCACUCUGAACCCUUUGUCCUACCACAGCCAUAGUGUCUUCAGUUCGAUGGAAAUCGACAAAACACUCCGGAAAAGUUCGGUGGACGUCAGGAACAAGCUGACGGACUCGAUGAAGUCGAUCAGAUCGGACGCGUCGGUCUCGGACGCCUCGUGGUACACGGACAACAGUUCCGUGGAACUCAUUGACCAUGAAGUCUUCGAGUACCCAUUUGAGAACUUGAUCUUCGAAGGCGGAGGAAACAAGGGUUUGGCGUAUGCUGGUGCUAUCCGGGAGCUUGAAAGAGUUGGAAUAUGGAAGAACAUCAAACGACUCGGAGGGGCAAGUGCGGGGGCAAUGACUGCGGCCCUCAUGGCGAUCGGAUACAACUCUUAUGAACUGAAAGAAUUUCUGAGCAUGAACCUCCAGGGAUAUUUCCUAGAUGCAAGGUGCGCCACGUGUAGUCUUCUUCCAAACCUCCUGAGGCAUUUUGGGUGGCAUCCUGCGCGUCGUCUCUUCGAGUGGUUCGGAGAUAGACUAGAGGAGCAGACUGGUGAUGCCGAUGUAACCUUUAAACAGCUGUACGACCGAUUGGGCAAAGAGCUGUGUAUCGUGGUCACCAAUCUGAAUCACAUGGAUGCCGAGUAUUGUCACGUGAAGACUACGCCAAAUAUGCCGAUAAGGAUCGCAGUGCGCAUGUCUCUUGCAAUCCCAGGUUUGUUUGGUGCUGUGAGGUGUGAAAAACAAGGGAGUCAUGAUUAUUAUGUAGACGGGGGUGUCCUCUGCAACUAUCCUUUACAUUGCUAUGACGGUUGGUGGCUUUCGAUGAAACCUCAAGACAGUAUGCUGAGAAGACUUCAGCCACUUGAAGACAUCGGUAAACUAUGGGACAAGAAGGAACGAUUUGGAACCAUUAACCCGAAAACAAUCGGACUCUACCUCUACAGCAGCGAUGAACAGGAUGUUAUGGUUUCAAAGCUACAAAGGAGGAAAAUGCACAAUGUAAAACGACCUGACACAAAACUUUCCAAGAAGAGGGAAGGAAUCAGAGAGGUGAAAGACGCGGCCGUGCGCGAGCACGCUAUCAUUACCCAGGCGUUGUCGAGUUUUCUUAGACUCCUUGCCGAAAGCGACGUCGACGAGAGCGGCUCGAUCACGAGAAAAGAACUCCAGCAGGCAUUUUCCAAGAAGGUGGAUUACUUUACGGACGGGCACCGUCGAACUCUUUUCGGGGACAACUGCCAAGUCGAUGAUAUUUUCGACUAUUUGAACCACGAAAAGGAUGAUGAGAUAACCUACCAGGAAUUACAAGACUUCGCUGAGAAACGGGGCGUGGCCAUCCAAUCCAGUUUCGAGGGAUACGGGAGAAAAGAGAUCAAGUCAUUUGGUCAGUUCCUCGGAGCUCUUUCCGACACCCUACUCGUUAAUGUCAAAAGAAUUUUUACCACGGACGAGGACAUCGGCCGAACGAUUGGUAUCGAUACCGUCUAUGUUGGUACCACUGAUUUUGAACUGGAAGAGGGCGACAUACAAUUUUUGUUUGAGCAAGGAGAGCGAGCAGUUCGAUCUUACCUCCGCCAUUAUGUGAGACUCCACGACCCACCUCUGAAGAAAGAACUGCGAGGCGGAAGAACAACAGAGAGCACAUUUCCCUAUAGAGAACCCAAGCAACAGCUUCACGCAGAUCAAGAGCUAGCAAGGGACUCCAAACAAGGGUCUGCCGUUCUAUCCCGCACUAACUUACACUCGCAUAACCUAAGUGUGAAUGCAACCUCGCAAGAUACAUUGGAUAGGUCGGCCCCGUUGCCGAGUCGCCUGGACAGUGGACCGCCGAUACUUAUCUCGGAACCGACGGAAUAAGUGCCUCGUAGCCGCACCCGGUUGCCGCCACUCGAAGGCACUAGUCACAGAAGUCCCUCACCAACAAGGUUCGAUGUUAUCCCCAUGGGCUCUCGCAGUUCGCUUCGUCUUGGGAACUCUCCGAUUUCAUCUCCAAAGUUGCUUCAUGGUGAGAACUGCCCGAGUACAUCUCCAAGGAGUAUGUCUCCGGGCUUGUUUCAUGGCGGGAACACUCCGACGAGAUCUCCGAGAUUGAUUCAUGAUGGAUAUUCUCGAAGUACAUCUCCUCGAUCAAGGUCUGACGGGGAAAAGCUUGUACGUGCGAAGAGAGGGAAAAGGUCAGCAAAGGACUUGUUAAACAGUGCAUUUGAUCAGUACGAUUCUUGAGAAAGGGCCUUAUUAUGAUUUUUUCUUUUAAUACAGAACAAAAGUCUCUAUUUAAUGCAGGUUCUGAGCGUCUUCCAAUCAAAUCAGAUCGAACCAUCAUGGCUGAUGAGUUUCGAGUUGGUGUUAACUUUAGUUUUGUCAGAGUAGGAAAUUUGAUUUUGAUUUUCGCAAGAGUGGGGGACAUCACAUUAUGCAGAAUAGCGCUUAUAGUUAUAUAUCUGUCUAAGUGUGGAAAACAAUUUUUUGUGUUUUCCCUGCAAAUGCACUAAGAAAUGAUAUUCAAAAGACACGCAGUCUCUUUCAGAUUACAAAUCUAACAAAAGUGAAUUUGGUCUUUUUUGAAAAGAUGUUGGAAAUAUUUAUAUGUAUUUCUCCCACUAUUACCUCUUAGUCAACUUUCCGAUCCCCACCCAUUGAUUUAACUCUGGCUAGUUUUUAGGCAAAAGGCUACAUUUAGAUGCACAUAUCUUGAAUACAGAAACCUACAUGUGUUGUAGUAUGUUAUUUAUUUGUAGUUCGAUUUCUUAGAAUUCCAUUGCAAUGCAUCAAUUAUUGAUUAUGGAUUUAUUUUUUGCACAUAGGAAAGCUAUAUUUAAGUCAUCACUAUUUGCCUAAUUGCCUUGCACACUUUUUCUUUGCAAUAAAAGUUAAUUACGCAGUUGCAAUGAUGGAAAAUUCAUCAUUACGUUAAUUGUUUAACAAAAACUUGGAAUUUAUUUUAUAGUUUUACUUUAUAGCUGCACAUGUUAGCCAUCUAGGUAUAGGCAAAUGAACUGGUGCUUGACAAGAAACUUAACACUGUAAUAAAGAAGAAAUACUGGAGCAAAGUGUUAAGUUAACCAACUAAUCAAAUAUAUUUAUUAAUUUUGCACAUCAUCAUGUGCUAAUUAUUGCUUUACAUAACUACAAAUGUGAUCACAUUUUCACUGUUGGCAUUAAUAAGAAAUACUUUGACAUAACAUCAAGUCAGUGUGACAUUUCAAAAGUGGAAUGUGUUAACUCGUUAAGUCAUUUUGUAACCCUGAAGAGACAAAAUAUCCUUUUCUUUCUGAAAAAAGAAAAAAUUACAAUAGCAGACCUCCUAACCCUUCAUAACACAGAAAUUUUGAUAAUUUUGCUCCAAAGAGAACCUUACCAAAGAUAUAGAUAUAAGUGAAGUGAACUAAGAAAAUCUGUACUUAUUUUGAGAUAAUAAUACAAGUAUGGUAUCUUCAUCACUUUGGCAGUAUUUUUUUUAUACAUACAAAAAAAAAUCGAUUCCUUCAAACAAUUCAAAUGUUCCUAAAAUUUUUAACAGCACUGUAAAAUAUUAACAAUUUUUUAUAAAGAAGUAUUUUGGAUGAGAAAAUUGCUCACAAUGUACAUGUAAUGCAUUGUAUAAAUCAAUAUGGGAAGAAUUUUACCCCACAAAAUAAAUAAGACAAAAAAUGGGUAAGAUUCACUUGGUCUACAAGUAGUUUGUCUAAUUCUGAGACACUCUUAUACUACAUUUAGUCGGCUAAACCCAGUGGUCCGUGUUCUUAAACCCUGGGGCCCAUUUCAUAAAGCUGUUCGUAAGUUAAAUGACGUUCACCAUUAUUUGUUGGUGAUUAUUUAGCGCGUAAGAAAGUAUCACCAGUCGUUCUUAAAGUCGCUCUUAACUUACGAUCAGCUUUAUGAAACACCCAUCAGGUUUAAAGUUGUAGUUUAACUAUGGAAAGCCAGUUGUUACAUAUAUUUCUAACAGUAGAGGUUCAAUCAGCUCAUUUGACUCCCAAAACGUUAAAUGCCUGGGAAGGAUAAGUAUGACAGUCUUCACCAUUAAAGAAUUAGAAAAGACCACAGUAAACAUAAGAAGCAAUCACUGUAAACAAAAUUCUGAAACGUCUGGCUUCUCAUAAUUUUAGCACAGAGUUAGACAUGGUCUAAGUUAAACCCGACUUAAGAAUAUGGGCCAAGUCCAAUACCCACUUAGUCAAUUUGUCUACAUAUUAUUUACCGCUUUAAAAAAUUAAGAUUGGGUACAGUUCAUUUAAUCAGAGAGACAAAGUAAUUGUACACCAAGUGGCAAUUUACCCCAAAAUGUACCAAAAAUGAAAAAAAAUAUUUAUGUUACUGGCAUGUGGUCAGAACAAGGAUUAGAGGAAAGCCCUUCUCAACUACUGCAUAUGCCUUUAAAAUAUGAAUUCAUUAACUUGAUCUGUGCACCUUUAAAAGAUGGGUUAACCAUGUGACAUUUGUAAUUCAGUGAGUGUUGCUUCCUCUUUGUGUAUCUUGUUUUUAAUUCUACUAUAUUCAAUAACUGUGAUUUUCUUAAUUCUGUGAAUAUUUUAUUUUUAGCUUUUAAGUAUAUACUUUCAAUACCAUUAUAUUGUGGCUGGUUAGGAGGUGGAACUAAAUUUUAUCAAAAAUUCUCGGUGGAUUUUGACAAAUACAAAUAUUUUUGUAAGAUGUACAAGAUAAUGACAAUCACUUAACAUUGUAAUUUUCCCCCUAUCUUUGCCAAUAGAAGGGGAAAACCCAUCAUUUAGCUCUAGUUAACAAGGAAGAAGUAUUGAAAUACAAUCCCUUUCAGCUAUCAUUAAAACAUUUCACUUAAAUUUGUAUCAGUGCAUACAAAGGCUUGUGAAUGGUACUUCAAAGGCUCAGGGAAAAUUUUGCCGUGUUUUGGAUUGAUUUUAUAUUAACUUUAAACAAAUGAUAGUUGUGAAUUUCCACUGUCAUGUUAACAAUACAAUAUUGCUACCAUAUGUACACAGGCUAAGUGUAUUCCUGAUAAUUCAUUUAUUAACAUUAAACAUACAUUCUUACCAUUUGAUAUAAUAUUGAUGCAAAUAAAUUGUGAACAUGAAAUAUA